AUGUAAGACUAGCUGUCAUACAUCUGAUGAUCAGAUGGCUUCCGACAAUAAUUCAGUCUUUGAAUUUUAGCAUAUUUGGAAUAUUUAGAAUAUUUCACUCCACUGUUAGUAAUAUCACUUUGCCCACUUGAAUGAACUUUACUUUUCCCAUUGAAGUUCUUUUCCUGCCCUUACAUUAAAAAUUGUUGACAUCACCAGUUGCAUCAAUUUUUUCCAAAAAAGGGCAUGGUGAAUCAUGUUGACAGUUUUGCGUAUCACUAUUAUCAAAGACCGAUAUGGGACUGAAAAAAUGAGUAAUAUAAAAGAUUAACAUUAAAUGCUCAAACUUUGCACACAAACUAAUUUGCGGGACUUAAUGAUGUUUUCAAUAUUGCACAACUUAGACUUCAUAUUGUUUCGACUAUAUGUCUACAAAUAAGCCAAAACUAUAUUAAUCUUUUGGUUUACUUUUUGUAGGGCUGAAAAGCGGGAUUACUACUACAGGCAAGUGGUCAGUGUCCACCAACCCGACGAUUUACUUUCUGCUGUAUAUGAUGGGAUGCAUAUAGAGAAGACCAAGCUCCCACGAUAUUCAAAAAAUGCAGCAAAAGAUCUUGAAUCUAUCCAAAGGAUUCCUUGUAGCCUUCUGGGUUUUAUUUGCCAUCGACAAGGUACGAAGUGUAUUUACAGGAUAAGUGAAAUUAGAAAUAAGGGAGAUUAUUGUUUGCAUUUUUUAUAUAUUUUUGCUGAAAUCCUAGUUCUUUACAAAUAUUGUCCCUGCAAGCUCACUCACUUUCUUUUUGAAGGGCAGUUUUGGAGCCUGUUGAUCUUUGUUCAGAUCCCCACAAACACGAAUCAAAAGCACAAUACAAAAUCUAUUUUUGCAUGAGCCGAAUACUAAUUCAUCCAUACAUGAAGUCCAUUUUUGAUUUCUCAUUACAGCAAUUAGAAACUUCCUUUGGACAGUGUUAGAUAGAUGUUAUACAUGUAAAUCAUCAAUGCAUUAACAUUGAUGUUAGUGUUCUUGACUUGUCUUUAAAGGAUCAAAUGACCAGAUUAAACAAGGGACGGGAUUUCUCAACCUGGGGUGCUACAGCGAGAAUGCCAACUAUAUUUUAAGUGCUUUGGUCCACUUACUUCCGAAUCCUGCUUCAACACCUGGGACCUUUUCCAGAAAUCUAAGCCUCCAAUUUGACAAUGCCUUGAACAACAAGUGCUCG